AUGUCUUGUGUCACUGCGACAGCGUUGGCAGCUUCUUGUGAUAGUGGAAGUGCCAAGUUCUGUUGCACUGUACUCGAACAAGCUGGCCUCCGCGUCCUCCGCCCUGGAAGUGAGGCAUACGCGGAGCGGGACGCAUCCUACUUCUCCUUGUCUGCACAGCAGGCUCCUUACUGCAUUGUGCAGCCAGCAAAAGCAACAGAGGUUGCAACAGCUAUUACCACGCUGACGGAAAAGACCACAUGCAAUUGGGCUGUUCGCGCCGGUGGCCAUAUGACGUGGGCCAAUGCUUCAAACAUCCACGAUGGCGUGACGAUCGAACUUGGGCUCAUGGCCGAUAUUAAAUACUCUCCAUCAACCACACAUGUCAGCAUCGGUGCUGGCGCCCUUUGGCGUGACGUGUACGCGGCCCUCGAGCCGUACGGCGUCACCGCACCGGGUGGCCGCACCUCGACCGUUGGAGUCGCAGGUUUUGUCCUCGGCGGCGGCAACAAUUUCUUCAGCUCGAACGUCGGCCUGGGCUGCGACAAUGUGGUCAAUUUCGAAGUCGUCCUUGCUGACGGGCGUAUCAUCAACGCUAACCGAGACGAGCACGCAGACCUGCACAAGGUCCUCAAGGGCGGUUCCAGCAACUUUGGCAUCGUCACCCGCAUCGACAUGCAGACGGUGCCCACGGGUGGUCUCUGGGGCGGCCAGAUUGUCUAUCCCCUCUCCACCACGAACGCACACAUCGACGCGUACGUGCACUGGGUGGCCAACAUCUCGUCCUACCCAGCCGGAUCAGCCGUGACUUUCUGGGCAUACACACCCGCGUCGGGCAUAAUCGUCUCUGCCGCCCUGCACGACACUUCCGGCGCGGAGUGGUCUUCCCCCGCCUAUGACGAUUUUCGCACCAUCGGGCCGCAGGUGCAGGACACGCUGCGCCGCGACAGCCACCUCAACUUCACGGUCGAGCUCGAGGAGCCCACGGGGUACCGACAGAUCUGGAUCACCCUGACAAGCCGGAACGACGCACGGUUUAUCCGCGCCGCGGUCGACGCGCAGGCCGAGUUCAUCGCCGCGUGGAAGGACGCGCACGACGCUACGCAGCCGGAUUUCCUGAACUACAUCACGUUCCAGGCCAUGCCGCGCUUGCUGUUCCAGCAUUCGGUCGAGAAAGGCGGGAACAUUAUCGGCAUGGACCGCGAGACCGAGGAGAAAGGCGAUGCCAUCUUGUUCCAGAUGCAGCAUAUGGUCAGGUCGGCGGAGGAAGAGGUCGAGGCUAGAGCGCAACUCCUGGCGAUGCGUCGCACGCUCAAGGAGCAGAGUGCUUCGCUGAGGCUGGAUAUGGAGUGGGAGUAUCUGGGCUACGCGGAUGGCGGACAGGAUCCGUUAAGCACGUAUGGGGCCGAGAACAUUGCGUUGAUGAAGAGGGUCGCGGCAGAUUAUGAUCCGCAGGGUAUAUUUCAGACCAGGAUGCCGGGAGGGUUCAAGAUCUCCAAAGUCGUCUAG